AUGACGACGGAGAAGAAUGGAUUCAGGGUGAUCGUUGCCGGUGGUGGUAUUGCUGGACUUGCCAUGUCUCAUGCCCUGCAAUUAGCAGGAAUUGAUCACGUUGUUUUGGAGGGUUAUUCGGAUGUUCGAUCACAUGUCGGGGCAAGUAUUGGGCUAUGGCCGAAUGGUAUUCGGGUCCUUGAACAGAUGGGAUGCUGGAAGGAUAUCAAGGGUAAUUGUGCGCCAAUGCAGGAUAGUUAUAAUCAUCUACCAAAUGGCAAGAUCAUAAGUGUCAGCCGACUGGCAGAUAUGAUCAAAGUUCGUCAUGGAUACGACUUCGUUGUUCUCGAGCGCCAAUUAGUUGUAUCGUCCUUGUACGACAAUCUUCCUGACAAGUCCAAGAUACUGGUGAAUAAACGGGUGUCGACGGUCACGGAGACAGAUCAAAGUGUUAAGGUCCAAGUUGAAGAUGGAUCCACUUAUGAGGGCGAUAUAGUUGUUGGUUGCGAUGGAGUCAAUAGCACGGUCCGAGAAUUUAUGUGGGCCAAUGCGAACAAGGCAGUUCCGGGAUUGAUUCCAGCAACAGAGAAGAGAUGUUUUGGUCCCGAAAUGCCUGGUAUGGGAUGUGGUGACUGCCAUACCGUUCAUAACCGCGGAUUCUCUUUCUUGAUUAUCACACAGCCAAGAAGGACUUUCUUCUUUGUAUUCAUCAAGUUACCAAAGGUCAUGCAUUGGCCCGAAAGAGCACGAUUUACUGCCGAAGAUGCUGAAAGAGAGGCGUCCAAGUUAUUUGAUCUUCCUAUCAGCCAGACAGUUCUUUUCGGAGAAUUAUGGCAAAAAAGAAUUCGUGGCCAACUUAUUGCUCUCGAAGAGGUUGUAUUUGACCAUUGGCAUCAUGGUCGGAUUGCUAUCCUGGGUGAUUCAGCACACAAGCUGACAAUCAAUCUUGCAUUUGGCGGAAACUCUGCCUUAGAAAGCACCGCAGCACUCGUGAACGGUCUCAAUCGAGAGCUCAAGGCCCACCCCAACCGAAGGCUGAGCAAGGAUACAAUUUCAAGGAUUUUUGAGGAGUAUCAAGAAUUACGGAAGCCUCGAAUGAAAAAGGUCUUGAACUUAGCAUACCAAAUGACGCGUCUACAAGCCUGGGACGGACGGUUAAUGAAGUUCAUUCAGCGAUAUAUAGUUCCUUUAAUGGGUGACGAUCGUGUAGCUGACCAUUUUGCCGGUCUUGUCAAGGGAGGGGUCAAGCUUGACUUUGUCCCUCUACACAACCCUCCUGUCGGUACAGUGCCAUGGGAUGAUGAUCUCUCACAAAAGGGCUCUCUUAGCGCUUCCAAACGCUCUUCAACAUUUGGCUUCUGGGCAAUUGGCCUCAUUCUCAGCCUGAACCUUUCUUACUACGUCGUUUCAUUGUUUCGAAACCAGAAUGGAGUUUUGUCUUUGUGA